AUGGUGUUCAAUCUCCGAACCUUCAGUUUUGCCGAGUCCGUUGAAGACGAUCCAACACCUCCUCAAAGCUUCUCCCUAAAGGAGCUCCAACACGCGACAGACAACUUUAGCAGCAACAACCUCAUGAGGUACUUUCUGAGUGGCAACGUUUACAAGGGGCGCUUGGCCGAUGGUUCGCUAGUGGCAGUACACAGAGCAAGCUCUGUCGAUUCGUUCCGCGAGGAGAGAUUCGAGGAGAGAUUCAAAGCAGAAGUGCAAGUGGGAAGCACGGUUUCGACACACCCAAAUGUGCUAUGCCUGAGGGGCUUUUGCAGGACCAAGAAAGAGCUCUUGCUGGUGUAUCCCUUGAUGAUCAACAACAGCCUAUCGUACAAUCUUACAAAGAGACCGGAUCGUUUUGCCCGACCUCUUGAUUGGACUACCCGCAAGCGAAUUGCCUUGGGAGCAGCGAGGGGGCUUGCACACCUUCACAAUCAAGGUAACAUCAAGAUCAUGCAUCGCGAUAUCAAGGCGUCAAAUAUACUGCUGAAUGUGUAUUUUGAGGCCGUGAUCGGAGGAUCUUCGCGUGCCGUGAUCAUGAAUGAGAAUAAUGCAGAGGAAGGGACUAUUGAGUGGGCCACGUGGUCGGCGGAUUUUGGCUCCGAUUCUCGAAUCUAUCAUCGCUAUGAAGAUGUUUAUGUCAAUACCCCCAUUAGAGACACAAACAUGUUUAUUGCCCCCGAGUAUUUCUGCACAGGAAAGUGCACACUGAAGAAUGAUGUCUUUGCAUACGGGAAAAUGCUUCUCGAGCUCAUGUCGGGAACUGGAAUUUCAGAACUUCAUAGGUUGGCAUACGAUGAAAAUCUCAGUUUGGAGGAAUGGAUCAGUGAUCUUAACAACAAGAACGAGUUGGGAAGGGUGAUCGAUCCCAAUCUGCAAGAGAACUACAUGGAAGAAGAAGCAGAGCGACUAGUCGGAUUUGCAUUGUUGUGCUCACACGGGGAUCCAUCUAUUCGACCAGAGAUGUCUGAAGUGGUUCGAAUGCUCGAAAGCCAGUUUCUUCAGCGGGAUCCUAGUACUAGUACGAGGAGUAGUUGGAGUCAAAGUGAGGGCGACUCAACUCCGUACUACUCUUUCCCUCCUUCUCCUUCUCCUCUGGGGAUUGCUCCAGAAUGUGCAGAGAUUCUCAUUUCAGCAGAGGAAAACAGAAUGUGCAGAGAUUCUCAUUUCAGCAUCAAAUAA